ACAAAUAUCUGUCAAAUCUAAAGAAAAAAGUGAGGUUAAGUAAUAUGCCACCAAAAAAAGCGGCCGGAAAAUCAAAAGGAGGCAACAAAGGGGAUGAAGACAACGAAAAAGGUGGUAAAGAAAAAAAAGGGGGAACCGCCGUAAAAGUUAGACACAUUCUCUGCGAGAAACAAGGUAAAUGUCUUGAAGCCCUCGAAAAACUUAAAGCCGGACAAAAAUUUCCUGAAGUAGCCACAGCGUAUAGUGAAGAUAAAGCGAGACAAGGAGGUGAUUUAGGUUGGAUGACUCGUGGUUCUAUGGUCGGACCAUUUCAAGAUGCUGCUUUUGCUUUACCCAUAUCAACCGUUAAUAAUCCCAUUUACACAGAUCCGCCUAUAAAAACUAAGUUUGGAUAUCACAUUAUUAUGGUGGAAGGGAAAAAAUGAGUUUAUUAAAUAAUUAUAAAAAAACGAAUAAUUAGUUUAAAAUUUAUUUUGUACAUUAAAAGGUAUCAAUUAAAUACUCAUAAAUAAAA